UUGACUUUGAAUGAGCGAUUUUAGCCACGGUGUUCUUUUUUUUUUUUGUCCGACAUGUAAUUUUUAAACCUCCACAAUCUGCAGAAAUCUAGCUAAGCUCUGGGCUAGCAGGGGGUAGUCUGGACAUUUCGGGUGAACUGUUUACUCAUCCACGUGAACACCGCGUUAGAAAACUGAACCGAGCUACUGGCAGCACGCUUCACACCAAUGCUGACAGAGGUCCCUGAAGGAGCACCCGCCAUCUCCCACCUGCCGACUGCAAUUUGGUGGAUGUGAUACCAGCUGGCUGGAAGCCCCGCCGGUUGGUUCGACAUUGGGGUGGAUAGUGGGCACUGGGUUGGUACCAUGAGGACCUCAGUGCACACUUAACCCGAGCCCAGGUCCGUGACAAUGUUUCGGCUCCGGUGUGUGAAUUCCUGCCUUCGCAGGCUCGCCCACGGCGGGACGGUGAACCGAGACCAGGUUCUGGAGCAGCUGCGGGUUUGCUCGGCUGAAGACCAGGUGUUUGAUGUGGUGGGCAAGAACAAGGCCAAGCUCACAGUGAACCAUGUCAGCUGUGCUGUGGGGAUGCUGUGGCAGUUUCAGAGGGAGAAACCUCAGCUGCUCAGGACUGUGGAGCUCAUCAAGAGUCACCCACAGUUCCUGACUCUGCGGGUUUUGGCUGAGAAUAAAAUUGCUCUUAUGGACGAUUUCAUGUUGGUGGACAUGCUGUACAGUUUCCUCAGGCUGAACGUGGAUCAACACGACUCUCUUGUUCAACAGUUGGUGUCAGAGGCAUGGCUAAGAAUAGACAGGUUUCCAAUGGCGUCCCUGUCCAAGUUUGCCAUUUGUCUAAGUGAUCAGCACCUUCAGCACAGUCCUCUAAUGGGCCACAUCACCAGUAUUGUGGACCAGAAGCUGUCGUCUAUUGAUGAUGCCAGGAUCCUAACUACACUGAUGAUAAGCAUGUCGUCCCUGGUGUCUCCCCGGCUGCGGGAUGCCCUCAUUAGCAGGGCGGAUCAUCUCCUGGACACCAUGGAUCCCUCGCAUUACAACAACCCUCGGAGAGUGGUGCAGUUCUUGCGCAACAUCAAGUACAGCCACCGGGCUCUGCUGGAGAAGUGCAACCAGAUCCUCUUGUGCAACAUUCCCAGGCUGGAUGCAGAGAAUAUCAGCAUCAUCAUGGGGCUGUACCAGUCCCUGCAGUUCAACAACUGUGAAUUCAGGCUGGCUGUCAAACAAAGGCUGAUAGAACUGAUUGAUUCAAGCACCGAUCCUUUCUCCUUUACUAAACUGUUUGUUGCCCUGGCUCCCAUGGCCAGUCCGGAGAUCAGAGAAGGGUUGGAGAACACUGCCUUCCUGUUGGCAGAUGAGCUCAGUGCGCAGCAGGCUCUGGCUGUGGCUGAAGCACUAGAAGAGAUUCAGAGCAGGAACCUUAGUUUACUGAACAAAUUAUUUUCCAGAAUUGCAUCGGUAAUCCAGAGGAACCUUGGUGUCUAUAAACCAGUGGAGGUGGCCAGAAUCACCCAAGCCCUUUAUUUGUUGCAAUACCAGAACCCUGAACUCUUCACUAAACUACGAAACAUUUUGGUCAACUUUUUGCAGCGCAGCGUCUUCCCCUACGAGGUGACCAUGCUGACCCGCGUUCUGUCCAUGCUGCCCUGCCCGCGACUCGAAGAGGCCGUGACCUCACGGGUAGAGGCCGUGGUGACGCAGUGCAGUCUCAAUGACCUCAACACCAUUUCUUUUGCCGUUGCCAAGUGGGUGCGGAACGAUCCGUCCUACCGCCACAACACUCCCAGCAAGUACGUGCGCCUGCUGCAGACUCUGAACCGCUGCGGCCACGAGAGGCUACGGACGGCUGACCGGCUGGACUUGGUGCUCGAGGAGCUCAAGUACAUUUCAGGGGAGUGGUUUGAAGAAAUGCUGCUCGAAGAGACAAUGGUCACGCUGCAGAGGAUGAUGGACCAAAUAAACUGGACCAGUGUGCCGGAGUUGGCCCUCUUCCUAACCAGGAUGAAUCACCUCUGCCCUCCUCUGAUGGACCGAAUUGCCAGUGUGGCCAUUAAAGACAUUGACAAGAUUCACUACUCAGCAACGUAUGCCACCCUCCUACCCUUUUCUGUCCUGAAUUAUGAUCCUGCACAAGCAGACGAGUUGUAUGAUGUUUGUAUUCAGCACUUCACUCCUCAUAUCAGCUCCUUUGACCCACAUCUGCUAGUUCUCCUGGCAUACUCCUUGGGUGUGGCUGACUGUUUUCCUGAGGAACUGGUCAGAGAAAUCUUCAGUAUCGACUUUCUGGGAAAGCUGGACUCCCAACUAGAAACCCUUCCUGAUGCCCUCAACAUGCGGACUCGACUGCGCCUCAUGGAGCUCAACCGCGCCGUGUGUCUCCAGUGCCCUGAGUUCCAGGUGCCCUGGUUUCAUGAGCGCUACUGCCAGCAGCUGCAGAAAAAAGGGAAUGGCACUGUUAGUCCUGUGCAGCAGCAGAUCCACAAAAUGCUGGGUGAAGUUCUUGGUGGCAUUAACUGCGUCCGAGUAGCAGUCGUCACUCCAUAUUUUUACACCGUAGACUUUGAAUGCAUACUGGACAAACACCUACAGCCGCUGCCUUACAACAAUCCGAGCACACUGCAGAUGUCAGACAGUGGACAAGUUCACUGGGGGGCGGGCUCGCUGGAAAACGUCAAGGAUGAGCUGCCACCUGGAGCUCAGCGAAUUGCUGUGGACUUUCUUGAUUCAAAGUGCUUCUGUAAAAAUUCUCAUCAUAUGAAAGGUGAAGCCCUGAUGAGAAAAAGACACCUUGAAAUUCUGGGAUAUCGUGUUGUUCAGAUCCCUCACUUUGAAUGGAACUCUAUGGAGCUUUCAACACAGGAUGCCUGGAAGGACUAUCUAAAGAAGAAAAUAUUUAGAGAGCUUUCUUCUUAAAGGCCUUAUUUAUUGAAUAAUGAAAGAAAUGUUACAGUGAACGCUGAGCUUUCAGCCUGGUUUUGAAGAAAUUCUUGGCAGAGUGACUGAACAGAGCCCAGUGUUAAUAUAGUAUGCUAAUAUUCAAGUGCUCCUUAUUUCUUUGUCAUAGAGCCUAAAAUUGACAUGAAUCUACCUCAUUCAUGUUAAGUGAGAUUGCGUAUUAUGAGCUUUUGUAUUAAAUAACUUUUUAAAAA